CUUCCUGUUGAACAGGUUAAAAUCCCAUAUCGAAUUUUCGUUGGGGGCAUCGCAUUCAACGUAAGUUUCAAUAUUUUUUAUCACUUAUCAGUUUGAAGUGGACUAACGCGAUUUAGACAUCAUCGUAUUUUCUUUCUUUGACAUGGUUAACAAAAUCUACGGUUACAGUAAAUUGAUUUAUAUGUGCAAAGAUGGCGACAAAUUUGAGGAUUUACUUCAGUUACUUAAAUGGUCGAGAACUGAAAUUUUGUUGCUUAGUAUACUUUGAUAUUGUAUAAUAUGAUUUCAGACUACAAAGGAGGAGCUGAAGGAAUUUUUUAGCCGUUAUGGAGCUGUGCGCGACAGCAAAAUUAUACGAGACGCAGAAGGUUUGAGUAAAGGGUAGGCUGGAAAGUUGUUGCUUGUUUUAUUUUACAUAGUGCUCCAAGUUACUUCAAGCGAAUAUUUGUUGAACAGUUAAGAAGUUUAGACGUUCUUGCUAGAACAAUGACAAGAUGAUGGAAUGAGAGGGCCUAUGAGCUCCAUGGUAGACAAUUUCCAGUUCUGUCUUUGGCCACUCUUCGGCUGGUACACCCCGAAGCGACGUGCAUUUCACGUUUUUAAUCCGUAACUAGCCCAGCUUUCUAUCACGUGUGAUACAAAAUCAUACAACAUUGACUCCUCUCUCACAAUAAAUCCUAUAUCCCGGCUCAGUGAAAGUUUUCAAUAUUUCGUUGAAAAAAAUAAAGGAUUCAUCCGGAAAAAGUUGACUGAAAUGAAAAACUAAUUAUUAAAGGCGAGACUGUAUACAUGUAUCAUAAGAUUUUCCUUUCACCUUUCUUUCAGUCAGAAAUUUAUCUUUUAUGGCCGUUUCUCGUUUAGUUAAGGUACUUCCAGUGGAUACAAAGAAUAAGUGUGAAUUGGAAAUGGUUGAAAAUUUGUUUUCAAAUGCAUCAGUACAACUUGAUUCUUUAAACGAGCAUGCCGAACUUUAACAGGUCUUUCCCUUUUCUUAAGGUUUUUUUAUCGACAGACAUAGCUCUUGCGAUAGGUUAACCCUUUCUCCACUAAAGCUAACAAUACUAAUGGACGCGAAAGUUUAAGAAAACUGCAAGGUGUGAAAAGCGUAGACAUAGUGGCGCCCCAUACAACGCUUGCGUCGGAGAAUGACAGAUCGAAUAGCGACGUUGAUAAAACUGGUUUAUAUUCCCUUAUCCCAGGUACGGAUUCGUGACAUUCUUUCGGGAGGAAGAUGCAAAAAAGGUCAUGAGUAUGGUAAGCUUGCUGGUACUUCGUGUGUGGUAUGAUUUCUACUUAUUUUAGUCUUAUUUCACGUCAAAUCUCUACUUAUUACACGUCAAUAUUGACUUGCAUAUCCCACACACCGAAUAAGCGCGUGUUAUUGCCCGCUUAAGGCGACUGAGGCGGUGGUGGAUCAUUAACAUUCUUUAGCUUCACUUUUACGAGUUCAUAUAAAUUCUUCCCAAGCAAGAGUCUUUUAUGUUAAAUACUAGCGCAGGGAGCUGAGUUCUUCUGGCUUGCAGUCACUGGAGAGAAGACGUAGAUGUGAUGUUUAGAAUUUGUUAUCUUUUAUGGAUCAGUACUAUAUAAAUUAAUUAAACUCUCCCAAAAAGAUUUGGAGAAAAAGUGUAAAAGCAUUUGCUAUUUUGCAUUAUUAUGACAAUGAAGUAGCCCUAGCCUCAAAUGAGUUUUUUAUUUGUGAAGGCUCUUGAAUCAACUCCGUGAAGCAUUAAAUUAAAUCGCAUCUCCAGGGGGAGUCUCGACUCACCUCCCCUUUUAAAGUUCUCGGCCAGGCGCGUAGGGCCGGGAUUUUUGGACACCACUAUCCUGCUUCUAUCAAAAGCUCUUGAUGAGUGUCCUGCUUUCCUCCUGUCAAGGACUCGCCAAUUUUUAUGUCCCUGGGGGAGUACUCAACAAAGUUUUUUACAGGAAGUCUCCGCCCCAAGGUCUGACACCUUACCCUUUUUUGGCAGAAAAGGUACCCCUUUGGUGAGGCCUACUAAGAGGGCAAGGGUGGGGGGGGGACCGUAUGUCCUUAGUCUGACUUUCAAAUUCGGUCGUUUCGCCGUUUUGAGAUGGGAGUAGUCUUUUUCAUUUAGCUUUAUGUGGAUGCUUCAAGGUCAGUAUCCUUGUCAAAAUGUUACCAACAGGGUAGGGCCUCUUUUGUAUACCUUCUAUUGACAGUUGGUGCUCCUUUCACAUGCCUACAAUGUUUAAGGACGCUUUCCAUUUGUCAGAACUGGCCGGCCUGACCAGUCAGUUAGCAAAUGAAAUCGGCUUUUUCCAUAGGUUUGUUGCUGAAAAACCAUCUCCUUCAUGCAUACUAUUUAGGAUUUGACUGAUCUGGCUGGAUUGUUUUGAAGAAAAGUGAAAUUCUGAUUACGAUUGGAAUGGUCUGGCCGGUCAGUUCUGACAAAUGGAAAGCGCCCUAAGACCUUUGGACCUCUUUUAACUGCUGUAAAUGCAUUGUCUGUCAAGUAUGAAGAAAUCAUAAACCUGAACGUUUUCUAGACGUUUUUACAGCCAUCAAAUGUAUCUGUUAGCCCUUAAUUUUGGGACUUUUUACAGACCAAAAUGACAGAUUUCCCUACGCUUUCAUAUACUUCAACCAGUAAAAUCACUGCACUACCCUUUCAUAUACCUGAGGCCUGUAAAGGGUUCCCCUUGCGAGAAGAGCGGAACCACCCUGUACCAGCCAUUAAACGAAGUACCCCCUUGGGGUUACGCCUUAACAAAAAUUUCUAUCUUGUUCUGAAUUCGUGGAAGAUAAGAAAUUAAAGGGGGCUGAAGUUUGAUGAUGAAGAAGCAGGUUUUUACAACUUUGUUUGUGCUUUUUUUCAAGGGUACCAUUUUCUUUAAAGAGAAGCGAUUAAACAUCUCGGAAGCCUAUCGGAAACAGUCACCCGUACAUGCAACC